CAUAUGUAAAUAUAAUACAACGAUAGUUUCAAUAUAUAAGACACAGUUUUGGUAGUAAUUAUCAAGUUAAGAAUGAUAUAUAAAUAGUGAAUAGGAGUUUAAACAGUGAUUUCGUCGAAAUAGGGUUUCGUUUGAAAUAAACUUUCGCCAGAUGAUUGCUAGUGUGUUAAGAGGAAGGAUGUGAACCAGGACGUUAUAAUAAACACUUUUAAUGGUGAAAAACUUUUUUCGACAGAAGAGCUAGAAAAUGCCUAUGCACUGUCUAUAAACAUUGUUAACUUUACAAUUGUUCGGUGCUCAACAUUGCGGAUUUGUUGGUUUGUUCUGGCAGGAACUAUAACAAUUCAAACGAAACAGAAGUUUAUAUAUUGACGGGAACUUCGGAAGACUUUUCUCUGUCAACUCAGGGCCACUUUGGUUAAAUAUGACAGAUUACUUGUUUUCGGUCAAAAAGCUGGUCGAUCGUUUAAAUCUACAAUUAUCUGAAAAUUCAUUAUCGUCCAAAAAGAAAACUAAGAUUAAAAUUCCUGUGUAUGACGUUUCGGGCACGUGCAUAUCUGGAAAUGAAGCAGACGUACGAUACCGGAACAAGAACGGAGGCAAUGAAAUCAGUAGCAAACGCAAGAAACGCAGGCCUAAAACAGAAAUAUCAGAUCCGAACACUCGUCGCCAGUCUUUAUAUCAGGUUAUAAAACUGAAUAAAGGUAAAUUAUCAGGAAAACAUGACGGAGAGAGUUAUUUGAAGUCACCGGCAACGACAGCGUCUAAUUCUCCAGCGUCCUCGCCUUUAAACAACAAAAAUAAAACACUGUUCGAGUUCAAUAUAUAUAAUAUCAGUAAUGAUAGUGAUUCAGGUACGUGUGCUAUUUAUAGAGAACAGAAAUAUCCAAGGUGCGAGGACAAACACAGUGCAUUGUUACUGAGCCCUGAUAUUUCAUGUGUAACCAAACCAAACUCUCCAAACAGAUUACAUUUAGAGAAUUGCAACUCUUCAAGCAGCGAUAAAUCUGUCAUUCCUGAAGCUGAGCUUAGAUCUCCUUCGCCGUACGACACAGUUUUUCAAGACUGGGAGAGUCCAAACUGCAGCCGAAAAAACCGUGUAACAUCCCGCCAAAGAUUGUCAGUAUCUAAAAAUGUGCCGCUUUCUCCGCCUAUACCAAAUGCAGAAAGAUCCACUCAACAAUUUUGUAACUUUCAGUUAAAGCUCGACACAUUAAGAGCAGAGCUGCUUGCCAUGAGGAAGGCGGACCAAGAACUCGCAAAAAAGCUUCUUAGCUUGUACUCUGAAAUCCAGAUUUUAAAGGUGAAGAAUUCCUGUAUGAAUUACAGCGAACUAAUUGACGAGGCGGUGUACGAGACGGAAAUGGCGGACGAUUUUCCGGAUAUGUGUGAUGCGCCCCGGAAGUUCACGAACAAGUUACUGGCCAGCCAUGGCGUUACGAGUUUUAACAUUCAUUCUAGGCGAUUUUCUUGCAGUUAAAUAAACAGAUUUAUAAUUAAACAGUUUGAUUAAUACAAUAAGCAUUUUAUGCUGUUGAUACUUACAUUUUUCCUAAUGACAUCAUCACUGUCACACUAGCUUUGGGUGAAUUUUUACUCAAAAGACUGCUUAAUUCCAAAAGAUAUAAAUCCAUGAAAAACUUCAUGUAAGUAACUAAAAAACCCACGUAGGUGUGGAAACAUCUAAACACGCAACUCAAAACCCGUGAGUUUAAGAAACUAUUAAAAAAACAGCAAAAAAAUGUUAUAAAUCUCGAAAAAUUUAAAUCCACAAUCAAUUCUAUAAAAACACAGACUGUCGUUUGCCCGCUAUAUGUAUGACAGGUGUCAAUAGCUUGACCUUAUGAAAUAGACAUCAUUUGAUGUUAAUUUCAGACUAUAAAUAACACGAGGUCAAAUUUAAUUUAAGUAUCGCU